AUGAUGCGACCUUAUACAAGCAUCAACGAUGACGAUCAACGCAAUGCUGCAUCCACAAAAAAACACGAAACAAACAUUACAUUCAGCGAUACAGUAAACCCAAAAAAAGCCUCUUCAGAUGAUGAGAAACCGCCCGCGGAGUCUCCUUUCAAGAGCGUGUUUGGAGCGCCGUCUUCGACUGCUGCAAAGCCACCCGCAGAGUCUCCUUUCAAGAGCGUGUUUGGAGCGCCGUCCUCGACUGCUGCAAAGCCACCCGCAGAGUUAGCUUUGAAGGAGUUGGGAGGCACCUCCUGUGGCAAAAAUGGAGUGUGGAAAUGUUCCCGUUGUGGUAAGGCAAAGGAUCUUUCUGGAAAUCAUUUAAAAAAUAAGACUGAGGUACGCUCCGACUGUUGGCCCUGCGCGAGGAAGUCGACAUUCAUACUGGAUAGGGAAAAAUUGUCGGUAUGUGGAAAACGGGAUGUGGAUGAAGAUGAUAACAGAAAGCCCGUGAUCAAUUUAUCUUCAACGUCAGGGGUUGUGAAAGCCGUAGUGGCGUUUGAGCCUCCACGUAUUCCGGUAGAAGCAGAGGAACAUCUAUUUCUUGUCCCUAAUGUUGGGGACAAAAAGGAGGCAAAGGAAUCCGAGAGCAGUUCCUCUUAUAUCUGGAGGUGUCGCGUUUGUGACAAGGCAAAGCCACUAGCCGGACAACACCUGAACGGAAAGACGGAAGUUAGAAGCGACUGUUGGCCAUGUGCAGCAAAGCGUACCUUCUACCGAGCGGCAACUCAAAACACAUUCACUGCGAAGCCACCCGCAGAGUCUCCUUUCAAGAGCGUGUUUGGAGCGCCGUCUUCGACUGCUGCAAAGUCACCCGCAGAGUUAGCUUUGAAGGAGUUGGGAGGCACCUCCUGUGGCAAAAAUGGAGUGUGGAAAUGUUCCCGUUGUGGUAAGGCAAAGGAUCUUUCUGGAGAUCAUUUAAAAAAUAAGACUGAGGUACGCUCCGACUGUUGGCCCUGCGCGAGGAAGUCGACAUUCAUACUGGAUAGGGAAAAAUUGUCGGUAUGUGGAAAACGGGAUGUGGAUGAAGAUGAUAACAGAAAGCCCGUGAUCAAUUUAUCUUCAACGUCAGGGGUUGUGAAAGCCGUAGUGGCGUUUGAGCCUCCACGUAUUCCGGUAGAAGCAGAGGAACAUCUAUUUCUUGUCCCUAAUGUUGGGGACAAAAAGGAGGCAAAGGAAUCCGAGAGCAGUUCCUCUUAUAUCUGGAGGUGUCGCGUUUGUGACAAGGCAAAGCCACUAGCCGGACAACACCUGAACGGAAAGACGGAAGUUAGAAGCGACUGUUGGCCAUGUGCAGCAAAGCGUACCUUCUACCGAGCGGCAACUCAAAACACAUUCACUGCGAAGCCACCCGCAGAGUCUCCUUUCAAGAGCGUGUUUGGAGCGCCGUCUUCGACUGCUGCAAAGUCACCCGCGGAGACUCCUUUCAAGAGCGUGUUUGGAGCGCCGUCUUCGACUGCUGCAAAGCCACCCGCAGAGUCUCCUUUCAAGAACGUGUUUGGAGCGCCGUCUUCGACUGCUGCAAAGUCACCCGCGGAGACUCCUUUCAAGAGCGUGUUUGGAGCGCCGUCUUCGACUGCUGCAAAGCCACCCGCAGAGUCUCCUUUCAAGAACGUGUUUGGAGCGCCGUCUUCGACUGCUGCAAAGCCACCCGCGGAGACUCCUUUCAAGAGCGUGUUUGGAGCACCGCCCUCGACUGCUGCAAAGCCACCCGCAGAGUCUCCUUUCAAGAGCGUGUUUGGAGCGCCGUCUUCGACUGCUGCAAAGUCACCCGCGGAGACUCCUUUCAAGAGCGUGUUUGGAGCGCCGUCUUCGACUGCUGCAAAGUCACCCGCAGAGUCUCCUUUCAAGAGCGUGUUUGGAGCGCCGUCUUCGACUGCUGCAAAGCCACCCGCAGAGUCUCCUUUCAAGAGCGUGUUUGGAGCACCGUCCUUGACUGCUGCAAAGCCACCCGCAGAGUCUCCUUUCAAGAGCGUGUUUGGAGCGCCGUCUUCGACUGCUGCAAAGCCACCCGCAGAGUCUCCUUUCAAGAGCGUGUUUGGAGCGCCGUCCUCGACUGCUGCAAAGCCACCCGCAGAGUUAGCUUUGAAGGAGUUGGGAGGCACCUCCUGUGGCAAAAAUGGAGUGUGGAAAUGUUCCCGUUGUGGUAAGGCAAAGGAUCUUUCUGGAGAUCAUUUAAAAAAUAAGACUGAGGUACGCUCCGACUGUUGGCCCUGCGCGAGGAAGUCGACAUUCAUACUGGAUAGGGAAAAAUUGUCGGUAUGUGGAAAACGGGAUGUGGAUGAAGAUGAUAACAGAAAGCCCGUGAUCAAUUUAUCUUCAACGUCAGGGGUUGUGAAAGCCGUAGUGGCGUUUGAGCCUCCACGUAUUCCGGUAGAAGCAGAGGAACAUCUAUUUCUUGUCCCUAAUGUUGGGGACAAAAAGGAGGCAAAGGAAUCCGAGAGCAGUUCCUCUUAUAUCUGGAGGUGUCGCGUUUGUGACAAGGCAAAGCCACUAGCCGGACAACACCUGAACGGAAAGACGGAAGUUAGAAGCGACUGUUGGCCAUGUGCAGCAAAGCGUACCUUCUACCGAGCGGCAACUCAAAACACAUUCACUGCGAAGCCACCCGCAGAGUCUCCUUUCAAGAGCGUGUUUGGAGCGCCGUCUUCGACUGAUGCAAAGCCACCCGCAGAGUCUCCUUUCAAGAGCGUGUUUGGAGCACCGUCUUCGACUGAUGCAAAGCCACCCGCAGAGUCUCCUUUCAAGAACGUGUUUGGAGCGCCGUCUUCGACUGAUGCAAAGCCACCCGCAGAGUCUCCUUUCAAGAGCGUGUUUGGAGCGCCGUCUUCGACUGCUGCAAAGCCACCCGCAGAGUCUCCUUUCAAGAGCGUGUUUGGAGCACCGUCUUCGACUGAUGCAAAGCCACCCGCAGAGUCUCCUUUCAAGAACGUGUUUGGAGCGCCGUCUUCGACUGCUGCAAAGCCACCCGCAGAGUCUCCUUUCAAGAGCGUGUUUGGAGCGCCGUCUUCGACUGCUGCAAAGUCACCCGCAGAGUCUCCUUUCAAGAACGUGUUUGGAGCACCGUCUUCGACUGAUGCAAAGCCACCCGCAGAGUCUCCUUUCAAGAACGUGUUUGGAGCGCCGUCUUCGACUGCUGCAAAGCCACCCGCAGAGUCUCCUUUCAAGAACGUGUUUGGAGCGCCGUCUUCGACUGAUGCAAAGCCACCCGCAGAGUCUCCUUUCAAGAGCGUGUUUGGAGCGCCGUCUUCGACUGCUGCAAAGCCACCCGCAGAGUCUCCUUUCAAGAGCGUGUUUGGAGCACCGUCUUCGACUGAUGCAAAGCCACCCGCAGAGUCUCCUUUCAAGAACGUGUUUGGAGCGCCGUCUUCGACUGCUGCAAAGCCACCCGCAGAGUCUCCUUUCAAGAGCGUGUUUGGAGCGCCGUCUUCGACUGAUGCAAAGCCACCCGCAGAGUCUCCUUUCAAGAGCGUGUUUGGAGCACCGUCUUCGACUGAUGCAAAGCCACCCGCAGAGUCUCCUUUCAAGAACGUGUUUGGAGCGCCGUCUUCGACUGCUGCAAAGCCACCCGCAGAGUCUCCUUUCAAGAACGUGUUUGGAGCGCCGUCUUCGACUGAUGCAAAGCCACCCGCAGAGUCUCCUUUCAAGAGCGUGUUUGGAGCGCCGUCUUCGACUGCUGCAAAGCCACCCGCAGAGUCUCCUUUCAAGAACGUGUUUGGAGCGCCGUCUUCGACUGCUGCAAAGCCACCCGCAGAGUCUCCUUUCAAGAGCGUGUUUGGAGCGCCGUCUUCGACUGCUGCAAAGCCACCCGCAGAGUCUCCUUUCAAGAGCGUGUUUGGAGCGCCGUCUUCGACUGCUGCAAAGCCACCCGCAGAGUCUCCUUUCAAGAACGUGUUUGGAGCGCCGUCUUCGACUGAUGCAAAGCCACCCGCAGAGUCUCCUUUCAAGAGCGUGUUUGGAGCGCCGUCUUCGACUGCUGCAAAGCCACCCGCAGAGUCUCCUUUCAAGAACGCGUUUGGAGCACCGUCUUCGAAUGUUGCGAGGGUUUCGGAAGAUUCUUCAUUAAGUGUUGUUUCUCAUUUGAUGCCAUUUGGUGUCGGUGAUGGCGGGGCUGUCGCUGUGAUACCUUCAGGCAGUUCAUUUGCAGGGCGCUCUGAAGUUAAUUCGGAUGCAAGUGCUUUUGUUGACCCUAUGAUUCCUUCUGACGACGAUGUUAAUGGGUGUAAUAGUUUGGUUUAUAAAGAAGCUGUGGGAGAAAUGAAUUCCGGUUUUAAGUUUCCACUUAUUUCUCCCCGCGGUGGUGAUAAGCAAAAUGUUAUAAAGCGUUUGAAGGAGGGUGUUGAGAAAACAUCUUUUGAUGGAGUGAGAAAUGAGCCUUUAGUUGUGGGCGAUGCCUGCGUUACGUUGAAAAAUUUUGAACAAAUGUUGGUGGCGUUUCGAAGCGACCUUGUUGGUGUCAUUAGAAGUGAGAUUGAGGGAAUUGUUUUUGCUCCUCAAAAUACAGAGGGAGACAAUCACGCUGCAUUGCCAAAAACCACUAGAGAUGAAAUGACUUCUUCAGGUAAAAAGGGAGGUGAGGUUGUGGGGUUCUCUCAAGCGUUGCGGGCGCAUCUUUCUAAUGCGUUUCGCAAGUAUUAUUGA